AUGAAGUCUUUGCUCUGCCGGGUUACAAAUCCAUUAAAUUUCAACCGAAUCGCCGUUCGAAUGAGCUCUGUUACUGCACAGAGAGGCCUCGGAACAUCCUGUCGCAUUCAGCCCCUCGCGCUGUCGCAAGCAGACGAUGAUGCAGACAUCAGAUCCAAAUACAGGCCGUUCUUAUUGGGCCCAGAGGUCGAGGACUCGGAUUGGAUUUCCGAAUUAGAACUCGAUACCGUUGCUUCAAUGGUCAUAGAUAGUCUGGCGCAGAACCAAGCACGAUUGAAAGUCUUGGUUCUCUAUGGCAGUUUGAGGAAGAGAUCAUAUUCCAAGCUGAUGGCCUACGAAGCAUCUCGAAUCCUUCAUCGUCUUGGUUGCGACGUCCGAGUCUUCAACCCCUCCUCCCUUCCUAUACGCGACUCCGUGCCAGACACGCAUCCCGCAGUCCAAGAACUUCGCGCGUUGUCCCUGUGGUCUGAUGGUCAUAUUUGGUGUUCUCCCGAACAGCAUGGAAACUUGACAGCCGUGUUCAAAAAUCAGAUAGACUGGAUACCACUUGCUACUGGCUCUGUCCGUCCCACACAGGGUCGAACAUUAUCCAUCAUUCAAGUGAACGGCGGAAGCCAAAGUUUCAAUGCCGUCAAUACUCUGAGAAUCCUCGGAAGGUGGAUGAGGAUGUUUGUCAUUCCAAACCAGUCGAGUCUGCCCCUCGCUUGGAAGGCAUUUGAGGAUGAGGGUGGCGAUGGCAGUGGUGAUAAGAGACUGUUACCUAGUGGUAACCGAGAUCGAUUAGUUGAUUGCAUGGAAGAAUUUGUCAAGUUCACUUUGGUGAUGAGAGGAAAAGAAGAGCUAUUUGCAGAUAGAUAUAGUGAGAGGAAAGAAAAGGCCGAGAAAGAAAGGAAGGUGGCUCUAGCAAAGGCAGAAAAAUCCUGA